AUGUCUAACAGACUCGCCAACGUCAACCAUGCGGCGGGCAUCUUCGCCGACAUGUCGGUCGAUGGCCCCGCCAUUGGCACCUUGGUCGCCAUUAUUGACCGCGCAAAGAACCUGCCCAAUCGCAAGACCAUGGGCAAACAGAAUCCAUAUUGCGCAGCACGACUAGGCAAGGAAGCAAAGAAGACUCGUACCGAUCUCCGAGGAGGACAGACUCCCAGAUGGGACUAUGAACUUCGAUUCACCGUGCACGAAUCCCCCGACUACUUCAAGCUGAAAGUAUCCGUGUUUAACGACGACAAAAGGACCGAUCUCAUUGGCGAGACUUGGGUCGACCUGCAAAACUUGAUUAUUCCCGGUGGAAGCCAGAAUGACCAUUGGCAUUCGCUACAAUGCCGGGGUAAAUACGCAGGGGAUAUUCGGAUUGAGAUGACCUACUACGAUACCCGGCAGCAGGACGAGGCUGUGAUUGAACGCCGCAAAGAAGCUGCGGAGAGGGUCCAAGGUAAGCCGACUAGCUCGUCGGGCCCCUCAGGUCUGUCCGGUCCCCGGCAAUUAAAGGAAGUCAAAAGACGGCCCUUGCCCAGCGACCCGCCAGGAGUCACCCCGGCGCGGCCAGCCGCUCCGGAGCACGCCCAGUCUGCUCCUCCAUUGCAUCACCCAAUGCCAUCUCGACCGGCCAUGCCAGAUCAUACUCAUUCUAUGCCCCCGGCCGGUGGACCUGAAAUGCCAUAUCCUCCCCGGCAUUCAGAGCCUUCUUAUGAUGCGCCACCUUACACUGAACCAUCUCCCAAUAUGCAUCCUGCCCCAGGGGCCUACGAUAUCCCUGAUCAUUACCAGCGUGAAUGGGAUCUUUCGGCCCCCGCUCCUCCGUCUACAGGAAUGAUUAGACGCAACAUGCAGGAACCACCUUAUCCCUGCAAUGACGUCCCAGAGAACCCCUACGACUCGCGUCCGUAUCAGCCUCGAAGCCAUUCCGAUUAUGAUCACCCCCAGCCGCGAGACCAUCGAUCGCAAAGGGAUCUCCAUGAGCGGAUGCUAUAUGAACCGGGUUCACACCCGCAAGAUGUCUAUGCUCCCGUGGAGCAGCCACGAUUCAACUCCGAGCCCCUGUCUUAUGGUCCUGGCGCAUCUUACUCCAGCGUAUCAGGCCACCCUUACGAUCUGCCUGCCUCUGAUUACCGUCCUAAUUCAUCUUCGGGGCCAGCCGAAGAUCCGCGGUUCCACCCACAUGAGGUCAGGGCUUUGCAACCCCUCAACCGCCAUGAUGACUACCACCCUGAAUACGCCACGAUGCAGCCCCGAGUCGAGGACGAAGAUGAAGACGGACUCCCUCCUCCCCCUCCUCUCCAUCGCUCCCGCAUGCCUCAACCCCCGGCCCCCCAGCCUCCCGCUCCGUCUUAUGCGAGUUAUGGCCCAGGAUAUCCCACCAAUUCAGGUUCAACAGAAAACAUAGCACCACCCAUGACAACCACACCCGAAAAAAGUCGGGACCUUGUUCCUGUGGGCAAUGCAUCUCGUGUGCCCCCAAGUCUGGUUGCCGGGUUUGAAACGGAAGGUGGACUGGACAAACCGGCGUUCGAAGAUCGAGCGAAUCGACGACGCACCACCCACUUUGAUGAUGAGAUGAUGAUUUCUCAACCCCCAGUGUCGGCCCCUGUAUCAGCUCCUGCGCCCUACGAAGCUCCUGUCUACCCCCUGCGAACGUCUCCCCAUCCGGCAGAGGAGAGACCCGGCUCUAUGGGAGGCAGAGGCGCGUCGGCCAGUCCCGACACGCGCAUUGUUGCCCGGAAAUCGGUCAGCCCCCGGCCGUCAUCUGGGAAUGAUCGCGGAAGCUCGGCAGUUCCGUACUCCCCCGACUCAUACGACAACCUAAACCCCCAUGCUUCGCGAUCAGUCGUUAGCCGGGGUCCUUCACCACCCUACGAGUCUCCGUCCCAGACAAGAGAUAUCGUACGGGCUGAGAGUGAACCGACUAGAGAUGCUGCCCCCAUCAUUGGCGACGAUGGCCGAGAGAUCGAUCCCUCGGAUCAUCUGCCUACGGACACUUGGGCACCUGAGCCGGAGAGGAAGAACCGCAAACCCGAAGUCAUUAUUCGUUUCAAGCAUUCAGCCCGCCCGACUUCUCGAGGCAAUGACACUCCGAGCCGCAGCGCGGGGCCACCUCGUGUCGGCUUCAGGACCACUCCGGACACCGGGUCGUACAGCGCGGAUCGUCCGAGCAAACGAUACACUCCCACCCACGAGCACCCGGGUGCCGAGUCUGUGGACCGGACUCCACCCCGCGCAGACCGUGGGCAUGAGAGCUAUGGAGGCUACACGCACAGCCGGGGUUACAGCACCCCCACAUCGGCAGACCGGCCGCGCUCCUCCCACCGAGGCUCCGUUUCCCCAUCUCCCAGCUCUCACUCGCCGCUGUACGACUACAGUACCGGUCCUCCAAUCCCGUCCAAGGUCCCAAUCUCGGCAGCUCCAAGCUACCCAGUCACGUCCAGCAACCCCAACAGUGGGAACCCAGGCAUGGAUGCGCUGAGCCGCGAGCUGAAGACCAUCGAUAUCGGCUCUGUGGGCUGCAGCCCUGGUCGGGGAGCCGUUCGCAGAUACGCACCCAGGUCACCGGCGACCAUGGGGUAUGCCAACUAA